GCGGCCGCACACACAUCCACACUCCUCGCCGGGCCGCCUCCCUCCCUCCCUCCUUCCCUCUUCCCCUCUCCCUGCAGCCGCGUCACACUGCGCCGCCCGGGCAGCCCAGAGCGCGGCGCGCACGGGCACCAGCGCUGGGGCCGCCACCGCUGCCCCUCCCCGCAGCCCCGUUCGCCGCCCGCAGCCGUCUAGGCUGGCACCAGCGUUUCCCCGACGGAACCCGCCGAAAGCAAUUAGCCAGAAUCCCGCGCAGGCCCCCAGACGCACCCCCCCUCCCCCGGCCCAGGGCGAGGAUGAGCAGGACGGGCGAGGCACAAAGUCGAAACUCAACUUUUUAAAAACAACAUGCUAAUAACCCACACCAUGGAUAACUUAUUGGACUUUGCCUGAAAGGAGUCAUUAUUGUCGUUGGAUAUUUGACCACUCUGGCUACAGGUUUUUUCAGAAUGAAUGGAAGGUCAUGCAGCAUGAAUCUCCACCGGACAUCAGGAACCCCUCAGGGGCCUGGGAUGGUCAGUGGUCAGCACAUUCCUCCCAUCCGAGCCCACUCAAGGACUUCUGGCCCAUCAUCCUGUGGCAGCACACCGAGUCCUGCUAUUGGAAGCCUUGCUAACAGCCUCCAUCUCAAGAUGCCCUCAGGAGGAGGGAUGGCUCCUCCGAGCAACAUGACUGAGAGCCCCAUCCAUCUGCCUGCCCUGAGUCCCAGAAGACAAGUGCUCACCAAUGGGAAGCCACGAUUCCAGGUUACCCAGGCUGGAGACAUGUCAGGGACACACAAUUUAAAGCCAAAGCAGCAGGAGUUUGGAAGCCCUUUUCCUCCAAAUCCUGGGAAAGGGGCUCUUGGCUUUGGGCCUCAGUGCAAGUCCAUUGGAAAAGGCAGCUGCAACAAUCUAGUGGUCACCAGCAGUCCCAUGAUGGUUCAGCGACUGGGACCCAUUUCACCUCCAGCAAGCCAGGUCUCUACAGCAUGCAACCAGAUCAGUCCUAGCUUACAGAGGGCAAUGAAUGCAGCCAACCUGAAUAUACCUCCUUCAGAUACCAGGUCCCUUAUAUCGCGUGAAUCUUUGGCGUCCUCGACUUUGAGUCUGACUGAAAGUCAGUCGGCCUUGAGUGUGAAACAGGAAUGGUCUCACGGCUACAGGGCUCUCCCUUCGCUCUCCUCCAACCACGGCUCUCAGAAUGGAAUUGAUCUAGGGGACCUCCUUAGCCUUCCUCCUGGGACAGCGAUGUCCAGCAACAGUGUCUCUAAUUCAUUGCCAUCCUACCUUUUCGGGAUGGAAAACAGCCACUCUCCAUACCCUAGUACCCGGCACUCUUCGGCCAGGUCCCACUCAGCUCGUUCCAAGAAGAGAGCGCUGUCCUUGUCCCCGCUAUCCGAUGGCAUUGGGAUAGACUUCAAUGCCAUCAUCCGCACCUCACCCACGUCCUUGGUCGCCUACAUCAAUGGGUCAAGGGCUUCCCCCGCCAACAUGUCCCCACAACCUGAAGUCUAUGGGCAUUUCCUAGGGGUGCGCGGCAGCUGUAUUCCCCAGUCAUGCUCGGUGCCAAGUAGCCAGAAGGGUGUGCGCGUGGCCAGCGGCGGCCUGGGUCUCCCCGCCUAUGGCGAGGACGGCGCACCGGAGUAUGAGCGCAUGCAGCAGCUGGAGCACGGCGGCCUGCCGCCCGGCCUGGUCAACAACAUGGUGGUGCAGCACGGCCUGCCGGACCCCGACAGCCAGCCGGCCAGCCUGCUGAAGACUGAGCGUUUGGAUGAUUUUCCGGGCGGCGCCCUGGACCUGCCCCCGGCCCCACCUCUGCCACCUCUGCCACCGCCCCCCCAAGGCCCCCCGCCCCCCUACCACGCCCACCCACAUCUGCAUCACCCAGAGCUGGCCCACCACGCCCAGCCGCUGGCCUUGCCUCAGGCCACCCUGGAGGAGGACGGAGAGAUGGAUGACGUAGGAGGCAAGCACUGCUGUCGCUGGAUCGACUGCAGCGCCUUGUAUGACCAGCAGGAGGAACUAGUGCGGCACAUAGAGAAGGUUCACAUAGACCAGCGCAAAGGGGAAGACUUCACGUGCUUCUGGGCCGGUUGUCCCCGAAGGUACAAGCCUUUCAAUGCCCGCUAUAAACUGCUGAUCCACAUGAGAGUCCACUCCGGGGAGAAGCCCAACAAGUGUUCGUUUGAAGGUUGCAAGAAGGCCUUUUCCAGGCUCGAAAAUCUCAAGAUUCAUUUGCGGAGCCACACAGGCGAGAAGCCGUAUUUGUGCCAGCAUCCGGGCUGUCAGAAGGCAUUCAGUAACUCCAGUGACCGCGCCAAGCACCAGAGGACACAUCUGGACACUAAACCUUACGCUUGUCAAAUUCCAGGAUGCACCAAACGCUACACAGACCCAAGUUCUCUAAGAAAGCAUGUGAAGGCACAUUCUUCUAAAGAUCAACAAGCAAGGAAAAAGCUGCGGUCCAGUGCAGAGCUCCAUCCUGACCUGCUCACGGAUUGCCUCACCGUGCAGCCCCUGCAGCCCGCCACUUCCCCACGAGAUGCUGCCGAUAGGGCGGUGGGAUGCUCCCCAGGGCCCGGGCCUGACCUCUACCCAGCUUCCAUUUUCUCGGGCAAUCACUCAAGCCGAAGUGGAACAGCUGCUGGGGCCGUGCCACCCCCACAUCCUGUCAGUCACCCUUCUCCGGGACAUAACGUACAGGGGAGCCCCCACAACCCCUCCUCCCAGUUACCUCCACUCGCAGCUGUGGACGCAGGAGCUGAGAGGUUUGCACCUUCUGCUCCAUCUCCUCACCACAUCAGCCCCCGGAGGGUUCCAGCUCCUUCAAUAAUGCAAAGAACACAGCCUCCUCAUACCCAGCAGCCCUCAGGAUCACACCUGAAGUCUUACCAGCCAGAAACAAACUCUUCUUUUCAACCAAAUGGAAUCCAUGUCCAUGGAUUUUAUGGGCAGCUGCAGACACUCUGCCCCCCGCACUACCCUGACUCUCAGAGAACCGUGCCACCGAGCAGCUCCUGCAAUGUGGGGCCUUCCUUCGAGGACUGCCUGCUCCCCGCGUCCAUGGGCCAGGCUGGCUUUGACGUUUUCCACAGAGCCUUCUCGGCUCACUCGGGCAUUACAGUGUAUGAUUUGCCUUCCGGUUCCUCAAGCCUCUUUGGGGAGCCUCUUCGCAGCGGGCCUGAAGACGCUACGUUCCUGCAGAUCAGUGCUGUGGACCGCUGUCCUAGCCAGCUCUCCUCUGUCUAUACUGAAGGCUAAAAGCCCCCCAGCCUCCAGUACCACCGGCAUCCAGAAUCUUAUGUUCCUUGCCACCUUUUGUUCUCAUGCUUUCACAGACUGCAAGAAAAGGAUGUCGAGCGAAUCAGCAGAACCUACCAAGUCACAGGUGUGUCUUUGGAAGGCCGGGCUGGAUGGUCAGAGCUGGGCUUUGCAGGCAUGUUUGCAGCUGCUCCUUUUUCUCUCUGUGUUUGCCGGUAACCGGCAGGACUCUUUUCAAAGGGAAUUCAGAGUCUCACUCUACUGGAUACCUGUUACUUCCUGCCUGUCAACCCUCAAAGAAUACCAAUGAAAUGAUGUGCAGGUGAAAAUGUAGUUCGGGGAUCACCCUGGCUGAAAACUCCAAAUAGGGAAGAACAGCCCAAAUUGCCGGCAGCACAGUGAACCGCGGGGCCCAGCGCUCGUCCUCUCCUCGCUGCUGGCUGACACCGAGCCAGGCACAGCCAGGGAAAUCCACGUUCCGAGCCCGGAGCACGGUGAGGGCUCGACUCCUAGAGGGGCCCCGGGCCCCCCAGCACCGGCCUGGCGUGCCAGUGAGCCGCUGCCUCUCUCCCCUGAGAUAUUCCCAGGCUAACCAGUUGCUUUUCAGUGUUUCUCCAAAAGCAAGAUAAGAAGGUCUGUCAAGCACAGUCCUUUGAAAAGCACUACAGCUUGUUUUAUAUUCCUGCAACCUACCUUAGUUCUUUCAUUUUAAAGACUUCAUACCUACUUUAAAAGGUUAAAAAAAAAUAUUUAAAGGUCUGUUCUUUGGAUGGAGAUAAUCAUUUUCAUCACCCCAACUCCGUACAUUCGGCCUCCACCUGGCCCUGCCUCGCAGCACCUGUGAGCACCUGGAAUGCUAGUUCUGCAUUCAACCAAGGCCACCUGAGGGAGAUGAGGGGGCACCCCCUUCCCAGUGCUGCCACAGAGACCCUCGUGGGCUGACUGCUCUGCUCCAUGACUCCACCUCGAAGACCUUGCUCAAAAGAAAAGGUCCACCCGUCGCCUCCGCUCCGGUGCUGUGACGAGAGACCAGCUAGAAGCUGAGAGCAGGGAGCAUGGAGGCGUGCUCCUGGUUCUCCCAGAAAACCAAACCAGAAGUGCCCGACGCACAGCCUCUGCUUCCUCCGCCAGGACCUCCCCUCUAUCUGUCUGUGUGUCUGUCUCUCCCUUCCCCAUUUGGCAUCCCUCUCACCCUCUUCUUGACUGUGCUUCAGGCACUCCCACCAUCCGCCAUUGCCUGACCACCAGCUCUGAGCAAGGUCUGGCCCAAGGCAGAUAGAGGGGCAGCUCUGGAAAGGUGGCCAGAAGGAAGCAACCUUUUUUUUACUGAAACUGUGUUUAUGAGGGCCUGGAAUUUUCACAGAGCUCUUAGCCAUUUGAUAUCAAACCUAAACAGGAAGCCAUUUUCCAAGCUGUUAAAAACACCUUUACCAAGCUGUUAAAAAGAUCCGGAGUCCUAUAGCAGAGACUAUAAAAAUAAGCCAAACUCCAAAGACUCCCAGUAAAUUCUGACAUUCCAGUGCUC